GUUCGACAUAUAGCAAGCGCAGAAGCAACUCAAAACUUUUUAUGUGAUAAAACAGAGAGACGCUGAUGGAUAGAGGUUCCAUCGAUCUCGUGCUUGUACCGGCGGGUCUGUCCAUUCUGUUCGGCUAUCACCUCUUCCUUCUCUAUCGAAUCAUCAGAUUUCCCCAUUCCACCGUGAUUGGCUUUGAGAACCAUAACAAGCGAGCUUGGGUCCAGAGGAUGUUGCAGGCAACUCCAGAGGAAGCCAGCAUCGCACUCCAGGUGAUAUCGAGCAACAUAUCGGCAUCCAGCAACCUCGCCUCCCUCUCCAUCGCACUCAGCUCCCUCAUCGGCACCUGGAUAGGGAGCACCUCCAAAGUGAUGAUGACGGAAGUCAUCUUCGGCGACACCAGCCAAACCACCUCCUCCGUCAAGUACGUCGCCCUCCUCACCUGCUUCCUCGCCGCCUUCACUUGCUUCAUCCAGUCCGCACGCUACUUCGUGCACGCCAGCUUCAUGAUGAGCACUCUGGACUCCGAUGUCCCGGUCAGCUACGUCCAGACCGCGGUCAUCAGGGGCAGCGACUUCUGGUCCUUGGGCCUACGGGCAAUGUACUUCGCUACCACGCUGCUUCUCUGGAUCUUCGGACCGAUUCCCAUGUUUGCUGGUGCCGUCUUAAUGGUGACGAUACUGCAUUUUCUCGACACGAGCUCUACGCCCCUGCACCAGUUCAGGUUCUUUCAUAUUGGCUCGGAUAAGAGAACGAUGAGGAACAAUUCAAGACCUGCAAGUAACAUCCAUGGCGAUCCUGUCUGCAAUCCAGUUUCUUCAUAAAUUACACUCGAUCGGUUACUUGCAAAAUUGUAUAAGUGAUGGAAAUUAUAUUCCUUAAGCCACGUGAAUUCUACAAAAUUGAAUAACAAUUC